CGCCAGCCGCGGCGCCGGUGCCCGCCGGCGGGGCGGCGGAUCCCGAGCCGAUGGCGGCGCCGCUGCGCGGCCGGCAGCCGGAGCAGGAGAGCAGCACGCAGAUGUCGCAGCGGCUGCAGGCCUACAGCGACGCCCUGCUCUCUAUCAUCGCCACGGUGAUGAUUUUGCCAGUGGCACACACGAAAGUACAUCCCGAUCAGAAACUAGGUGAAAGUGUUCAGCAACUUCUUCUAACAAAAAUUGCAGUCUACUUGAUGACUUUCUUAAUAGUCACAGUGGCAUGGACAGCUCAUGUAAGGUUAUUUCAGGUGAUAGAGCUUAUAGAUGAUGUCCUUGCUCUUCUGAAUCUGGCUUGUAUGAUGGUCAUAACUUUCUUGCCAUACACAUUUUCCUUAAUGGCCUCAUUUCCAGGGGUACCUUUUGGCAUUUUCCUCUUCAGUGUCUGUGCUAUUGUCAUAGGCCUUAUACAGGCUGUGAUAGUAGUGUAUGGAUUCUAUCACCCACACUUACUGAAUCAAGACAUAAAUUCUGUGAAUCACGAUGCCUGUAAGCGUCAUAUGUUAAAGAUUAUCCUGAGAGGACCAGCUUUAUGCUUUCUAGCAGCCAUCUCUUCUUUUUUCUUCAUUCCUUUGUCUUAUGUAUUUCUUGGGCUUGUAAUCGUUCUGCCGCAUCUCACUCGCUUCCUCAUGUGGUGUAAACAGAAGGUUGUUGGUCAGAGAGAUGAAGAGGAGCAACACAGCUUAGAAACCUUCACCUUUUACCUCAGUGAGCCUCUGAGUAAGGAACGUGUAGAAGCAUUCAGUGAUGGAGUCUAUGCUAUUGUAGCAACCUUACUUAUUUGUGAUAUCUGUGAAGAUAAUGUUGCUGAUCCCAGAGAUGUUGAGGAGAAGUUCCAUGGCAGCCUUCUUGAAGCUUUAAGUGAAUAUGGGCCAAACUACCUUGCCUACUUCGGCUCAUUUGUAACAAUUGGACUCCUGUGGUUUGUCCAUCACUCGCUUUUCCUUUAUGUGAUAAAACCCACACGGCUAAUGGGACUGCUUAACACAUUUUCAUUGGCUUUUAUUGGUGGGCUUCCACUGGCUUACCAGCUGACAAGUGAGUUUGCAGAGAAGUCUCACAACGAAAUAGAAGCCAUUCAAGUCAGCUGUGUUAUCACUUUCUUUGCCAGCAUAUUUCAGUUUGCAAUAUGGACUACAGCCCUCCUCCAUGAACAGGAAACGUUGCAUCCUUUUGCUAGAUAUGGUGGCAAGGAGCAUGCCUUCAUGUUUGCCAAACUGGCUCUCUACCCUUGUGUAAGCCUUGGGGCCUUCUUUCUAACGUGCUUGUUGAGUGAAUUUAGCACAGCAGUUUUCCAUCUCAUGCAGAUUGUAGUCCCAUUUGCUUUCCUUGCCCUGCGCAUCUUUGUUAGGAUUUCUUUAACUGUUAUUAAGUCUGUGAUGUCUCUCUCCAGACAGAAGGUUGUGCUGCUAGAAGAAGAGGAGGCUUGUUUGUCUCCUGAAACACUGUCCUAAAGCUCUGCACAGUGCAUGUGAAGUUGUAACGCUAACUUCAGUUCUUCUAACUCACAUUGCCUUUGUAUGUGGAUUAUAUUGAUCUAAACCAAAGCCUGCAUUAGCUGGGGCAUAUUUUAAGUUGUAGCUGAUUGUGCUUGAGACCCUUUCUCCAGCAUUUGUAAUUGAAAAAAAUUGCAUAAGUAGGGAAUACAAAGAAAAGCAUGUUCCCAUUCCUUUAGAGUUAGCCUUUUGGAAAAAAAAUGCUGCUUGAGAUACCACUGCAGUCAUGAUCAGCUAAGAAGGGCAUAAACAGAUUGCCCAGUGAAAUGCCUUUCUUUCUGACAUGGCAGUUGUUACAGCAGCCAAACACAGAUGUAGAAGCUGACUCUGAUCUUCUAAGAGAAAGAGUUUGGCAUGGAAGACAUGGAGACAUCUGGUUUUCUGGAUGGUGCAUCAUAGUAGAAUUUUUUGCAUACAGGUUGCUGGUCUCCCUUUUUUAUUUGGUUUGUUUGGGUUUUGGUUGGUUUAUUUUAAUGGUUACCAGGUCUCUUCUGCAUAGUCACUAACUUGUGCCAGCAUUUUGGAAGCUGUUUGUGUCUGAGUGGCUCUGAGCAUGAAUUUAAAUGAAGUGCAAUUGUAAGCUUCAUGCAGGCUACCUGAACAGAAAUUGUUCAGGCAUAUCUGUUCCUUUUAAAAAAGGAUGCAUUUAAAAAAUGGGGAUUUAUGUGGCUACGUAGCCAAGGUUUGUACUAGCUUUGAUAUCUCCCAAGGAAGACAUUCAAAGAGCUGUGGGACUAUGUCAUAGAAUCAUAGAAUCAACCAGGCUGGAAGAGACCUCCAAGAUCAUCCAGUUAAACCUAUCUCUAUCCAGUGAACUAGACCAUGGCACUAAGUGCCUCAUCUAGUCUUUUAUGUAAAUUUGUUUUCAGUUCUGAAGCAGCCACUCAUCUGAAAUGAAAGGUCUGAAUUUUUCAGGCUUGUGGCAUCUGUUUUCAUGCCUACUGAAACACCCUUCUGCCAUUCUGAAGGCAUGACGGCAUAUUCAGAGAGUAUAGACACUUUCCUGCCACUUGGAAGAGCUGCCUAUAAGGUAAGGGAGUUGAGUUUUUCCCUAAGUAGACUACCUAAGGAACGCCAUAGAUUUCUGAGUCUCGGCAAGGCAGUAAAAGAAACUACACCCGUGGAAGCUUCAGUCUGUACUGUGUUUUUUUUUCUUUGGCUGUUUUGUUUUUAAUAGUUGCUAUAUGCAUUUUGAUAAGCUUUAUGCUUAUUAAACAUAAUAAGUGAGCUGUGCAGGACUGGGCAGAGUCAUCCACCCUCUGGCUGCCUCAGAAGCCUUUACAUUUCUUUUUGACAGAGCCAUUAGUUUGUGUCUUGAAUUGUCUUAGUGCCUCCUAACUUCAAUGCCAGAUUUAAAGGCAUUUGAGGGGAUUUUGUUGUUCCUUUAAACAAAAAAAAAAUACUGUGGUAAAGUAUCCCUUGAGUAAUUGUAAGUGAUAACAGACUAAGAUAAUACCUCGUUUAGUUGACAAGAGUCUUGAAAGCACUUGUGCUUUUGAUUUGAAGCACCUUGCUACCAACAUGUACUUCUUGUGAGAGUAUGUUCAGAUAUUCAGGGGGGUUUACACUUGGCUAAGGUUGACUGACUUGCAGUAGGAUUCUGCAUGGUGUUGUGUAUCCCAGAGUUCUGAUAUUUAAUAAAAGCACUUUUGUUUCUAUAUGA